UUCGCUAAUAAAUUUUGCAAAGACGCUUCUUCUUCCUGACUCCUCGCUCUGCGCCGCUUACUCGGUGACAAACCUCUCCAGCUAGCUAGCGUCCUCGAAUAGAGACCGAUCGUCACACAUAAACCCUAAAAACAUCGUCGGCUUUGUUCAGGCUUCUCAAUGGGUCAAGACAACAACGAUACCAAGACGAAGAGGAAGAGGAAGAGAAGCAAAGAGAAGAAGAGUGCUGAGAAAGCAGUAACCAAUGAAGAGCAGAAGCAACAACAACAAGGGAACUGUAGUAGCAAUCCAAGCAACAAGAAGAAGAAGAAGAGCCAAGAGUCUUGUCCUUUCGGAAACUACAAAAACUACUAUGGCUACAGAAUUAGCAAUGACAUGGAUGAGGAUCCUAGGCUUAAAGUGUUGAAGAAAGAAUGGUUUCAAGGCAAGGACUGUCUCGACAUCGGAUGCAAUAGCGGCGUCAUGACUAUCCAUAUUGCUAAGAAGUUUGGUUGCCGGAGCAUUCUUGGAGUUGAUAUUGAUUCAAGUCUCAUUGAGGUUGCUCGCUGGCGUCUUAGGAAUUUUGUUAGGACGCAGAGUCAAGGUGAAAAGAAGACUGGUGCAGCAGAUGGUUCGGAGGAGCAAUCUCUUUCUCUCUCUAAUGGCAGCAGCGCAGCAGAAACUAAAGAACUGUUUCAGGUUGUCUCGUUUCAGAAAGAGAAUUUUGUUCAUUCCCGUAACCUUGACGAGAAUCGCUACGACACAAUUCUAUGUUUGAGUGUGACAAAAUGGGUUCAUUUGAACUGGGGUGAUGAUGGUUUAAUCACCUUGUUUUCUAAAAUUUGGCGGCUUCUUAAUCCGGGUGGUAUUUUUGUAAUGGAACCUCAGCCUUGGAAAUCUUACGAAAAAAAUCGUCGCGUCUCUGAGACAACUGCAAUGAACUACCGAAACAUUGUUUUACGUCCAGAGCAUUUCCAGAAUAUUCUUCUUGAUAAGAUUGGGUUUAGGACAGUGGAAGAUCUCACAUCAAGCUUGUCCGGCGCAAGCAAAGGAUUUGAUAGACAGGUCCUUGCCUUCCAGAAAUGAACAUAACAAGCAGAGGCCAUAUUGAAGAAGUUGUUUUUUGUUUAAAAGCCUUAAGAAAAUCAAAUUAAUUUGCGGUUACAUGUCUGAACACAAGAUGUGAAGAUUAACUAAUAUGUAAUGUUUUUUUUGCUACUGCUUAGGUUCUUUAAUCCAACUCCAAAAUGGUUCUCCUUUUUGUACAUGGUUUCAGCUGACGAUGACAAAAAGUUCAUUUUAUAGA